AUGACUUCCAGAGCGACCCCCAAUUCGUACAUUUACGAGAUUCCGUCAGAGGAAACGCUGAACGAUGACGUGUCCACGGAGCCUAAUGUCCAAAAGAAUCCAUUUCUGGAAACUUUGCAUAGAAGAUUGGAUCAGAUGAUGGAAGCGGAAGGAGAAGUCGAGGAGAAGAACGACUUUUCGGAUUCGGAUGACGGCGACAGUAGUGACGAUGAGUUCUUGCAGGAGAUGAACGGUGACCAGGAGCAGGACCUACAACCAUCAACAGAGUAG